AUGAAACUCACUCAGCAACUCAUCGCCGCCUUCCUGGCCUUUUGCGUCGUUGGCAUGGCAAGUCCAAUUCCAGACACGGUGAGUAUUGUUCUCUUAUCUUUCCAUCCGUUCGUGCUCAGAGCUGAUUUUAAAGACCAUCGUCGACUCUCCUGACAAAGCCAAGCCGUACAAGGAGGAAGUGGAUGCGCAGGCUGCUGUUGCGAAGCGUGACGACUUGAUCGUCGACUCUCCCGACAGAGCCAAGCCGUACAAGGAUGAGGUGGAUGUGCAGGCUGCUGCGAUGCGAGUUUGA